AACAAAUGUCAGGAGAGUUACCCAAAAUAGUAAAUAAGAGUUUGUUUAGUACUUAUGUUGAGAAAAAGAAUGCAGAAGAAGAGGCUUUGAAAAUUAAAAAUAGAAUCGAUCAAAUUAGAUAAGAACGUGAAAAAAUACUUAAAAAAAUAUAGUCAGAAGAUUAGAAAGCUGAGCAAAUAUACAAGCAUAGAUUAGAAUUACAGUUAAAAGUACAAAUUCAUCUUGACAAUUAUUUAGAAAGAAGAGAAAAUAAGGUAGAAGGUAGAGGCUCCUCCACCCUUCUCAUUGAGUGUUUCGAGAGCUCAAAGAGAGACUUUGAAAUUAAUCAAGUCAGAAAUGCUAUUGAGAAAAAAAACCGAAGUUAAGGAAUUCAGGGAUUGGCAUAAACAUGAUCUGAAAGAAACAAAAUUAUAGAGAAGCAUGGAUCACGAGACUUUUCGAAGUAAGGUUAUAUAAGGGAAACUGGAGGAAAAGCAAGCUAACUUAAAUACAUUACAUAAGUUGAAGGACAGAAGAGAUAAGAUUAGAUAUGAUGUAGAAUUAGAGAAGGAUAAAGUUAUCAGAGAGAAAAUCGAUUAUGAUUAGAAAAUAAGAGAGCUGGAAUAGCUUGAAUAGAUGGAACUAUCAAAUUUGCAGUAUACAAUACAGAGAUAAAAUUAAACAAAAGAAAAGGUCAAUUUAGCUUAAAGCCUUCCACCUAAAGAAUUUGAGGCUAAAUUCGUGAACGGAUCAGCAAAAGGUUAACAGCAUCAAGAAAGUUCAUGAGAAUGAAUCUUUUCAAAUAUAAAU